AUGGCCCCAAUACUUGAAGAAUUUAAAUUUUCUCUUUUGAAAUUAUUUAAUAAAAAAAUAAAAAUGUUGGAAGGAAUUGUUCUUUCAAAUUUGGAUGGGAAAGAAUUAAGGGAUUUGGAUAUUCCUGAAUAUUUAACUAGACAAUUGUCUGAACCUGUGAGGCUUGAUUUGUGUCUUCAAACCCUAUUGCGUGAUUAUCCUCGUACUUCUUUUCUAUUAGAAAUUGGCCCUCCCGGCAUUUUACCUCAAUUAUUAAAAGAAGCUGAGGAUGACUUGGAAAUUAAUUUAAAUAAAAAGAUUAAAGUUAUAAACACAAUGGAAAGAGAAAGAAGAUUUAGUGGAGAUAUUAAAGAAGAGCCGCCACAAUUGUUGAAGGCAAUAGCCCAAAUUUGGCAGAAUGGUUACUCUGUCAAUUUCAAUUUAUUAUUCAACUCUUACAACGAAGACUGGGAUAAUAAAAUGCCUGGAUACAAUUUUGAUUAUCUAGAAUUAAAUCCCUCUAAAGAAGAAAUGCUUCAGAAAUGCUUCCCUUUCAAUUUAUCCACAAAAAAUAAAGAAAAUGAAAGGGUUACUGUUGAUGGAGAGAAUAAAAUAAUUGAGGAGAAUCAGGAAAAUUUAAAUGUAAAAUUAAAAGGUGGAGGGAUAACGAAGGAGAAAUUGACUGAAAUUGUUGUUAAGGUAUUUCAAAUUUUUUUUUAG